AUGCGGCAACUCGCAUCCUUCCAGUCUUGUCUGGAACUCAUGCACUCAUGUCUGGACGCCUGGCGGAAGGGCGCCACCUUCGACGCGGUAUCACUUGACACGACUGUCGACCGUGCAGCCGACGAACAAGACAGGACGUACGUACCGCCGGCAAGAGGCCUCAGAGUCAUUGGCGGUGGGAGCUCAAGCGACGUCAUCCGACUCCUUGACUCGGAUCUCCUAAAUUGGAGGUUCCACCGCAGCGGCGUGUUCCUGCGUACGACCAGAGCGAUGCGUGUGCAGCUGAAGUUGCGAUGUCGAUUGAGGGUCGCGGGGAGUGGAAAGCUGUCGUUCCCCUCCAUUGACGACAGCGAGCCUCAGCGAGAACUCUUGGGCACCUUCUUCUCCUCGCCGUAUACCACGCUGGCAGUCGCCGUUCACGUAGCCUCUGGAUCCAACGACACACACCUCAAGAGCCCCGCCUCUGCUGCACUCCUCCCCGGCUACUCACCAAUAUUCUACGCAUACCCGCUCACGCUUCCUCUGGCCCCACACCUCGCUACGUUGCCCUUCGUCCCUGGCUGGUUCUCGCAUCCGCCCUCCCAGGAAUGUCGACCGCUGAACGGCAUCGGUCUCGCCGGCGUGCCACCCCGUAUCUCUGUCAGCGCUGCUGGAGUAACCAUCCCGUUGACCGUCGAGUACCGUGGGCCAAGCCGCAUGCGUGCCUUCUCGCUCGUUGGCCCUCUACUGGUAGUGCGCGGCCCGGGCAGUGAUUACGGCGUGAUUCGGGACACGACGACAGGUAUACGUGCCAGCAAAGCUAGUUCAAAUCCGAACGUGUGCUGCUGGCUUCUCGCGCCUGGUAUCGCCGUAAGCACCCGCUGCCUUGUCGACUCUCGCGUCACAGAUCUGUCGAGCCCCGCGUGCGAUCGAGUGAGGUAUUGCCGGAGUGUUAUUCCCAUACACCCGUUCCACCGGUAUCACAACACAGGCUGCGGGCGAUCAAUUACGUCACUUUCUCCCGACUACAUGUUCUUCAUCCACGGCGGCCCACCGAUUCACACACCUAGUGCGACGAACGCGCUCUGUUCGCGGAUCAUACUCCCCAAAGCUGACCCGGUCCCCAUGGCGGGCUUACUCGGCGUCGGUCCCCGGGAUGAACAGUAUGCGCACAAUGCUGCGAUAUUCGAUGUCCCCGUCGUUGGACACAUGCAACCGUAG